AUGAGCACAACAAACAAAAUUCAAGCCAAAUCUGGACGAGACAUUGCAAGAUAUAAUGCACGAGAGGGUGCUAUAUUAACGAACGAGCGUCUCAGAAGUGUAACAAACAAGAUCGGCGAAUCAUACAACAAAGUAAAAUUAUCGUUGACGACGAUGCACGAAAGAUACGAAACUUCCAAAGGAGAACGGAAUAUAUUACAACGUUACGCAACGCUGAAACGCAUGAUAAAAGAUGUCGUGCAACUGGAUGCUCAGUAUUGGAGACUUUUGGAAAUACCCAAACAGGAGCUGCAUGAGCAAGUAAACGUUUAUGUGCUUCGUGCAUGCGCAGCGUUGGAGAAGGCUUCGGAGACACGGACUGCAGAGGGAGGAAAAGGUCACGCAGCAAAGAACCACGAAGAAGAGGCCAAGGACAGGGAUGCGAAGGCUAGAUUUGAUGGAGUUAGUACUCAGGAUAUUGAAGCAGAAAACGAACAACUCAUCAACGACCUUUACCGGCUGCUGAAGAAAUAUUCCAACCUUAAAAACAUCGUCCAUGAAUUAAACGUGGCUUACGUAGAUACCAAAUCCUAUCCUGUCAUUCCUCGCUAUACUAUGUUGAAAGAAAUGAUAAAAGACGUUUUUAGAGAUCCUAACUAUAUGGAAGUUUGCCACGAAGAAGUUGGAUAGGAAACAGUUAUACAACGAUUAAACUAAACGUUAAUAUUUAAUUUUAAUUUUAUGAUAAGAAAUGUUGCAUGCUUGAUUUGUCGAUGUUCUGCCAUUAGAGGGCGCAGUUUAUCAUGUUGCUGUAUAUUUUCGGAAACCCUGGACUAUUAAUGCCUACGCAUAGAAUCUUGUUUUGCACGGUGUUUUAAUGUUUAUCAAGCUGAAGACCAUGACUUUUGUAUUUAACAACAGAAUGUAGUUUAUUAUUAUUCAUAAAGCUCAGUACAAAAUAUAUAUAUAUAUAUACAUAUAAUUUUUUGUAAGUAAUUCAUGGCUGCUUAAAACGAAUUACGCUAAGUAGAUUGGUCCCAUUUCCAAAUUUUCGUUUCAAAUUAGAUAUAUUAGUUUGAUGAAAGUCUAUACAUUUAUGAUAGAUAUAGUAACGAUACACAUUUCUGAUAUCAAAUAUUUUUAAAUAUCUGUAAUAACUGAGAAUAUAAUCCAAAUACACUCACAGCACACAUUCGAUUGGCUGCGCUAUACUGUUGGCAACUGAUAAGAAGGAUCAGAAUGUUAUUUAUCUGAAUGAAUGUCUUAAUCUUACGAGUUGAUAAAGUGAGUCUAAUGUAAAGAAAACUUAGUUUUGUGUUUUAUAUAUUUUACUUUAAAUAUAUCAACACUACUUGUGAAAGAGGAAAAAUAGAGGAAACAGAACUUGACGUAAUGUUAAGUAACCACGUGUCUAGAUAUAUUCAGGCUAUCACGAUUUCCUUUUCCAAAUAUAUGCUCAAUAUAAGAAAUUACUUUUUCCGUUAUCUUACAUUGUAUACUAAUAUCCAGAUUUUGAUGUUCAAAUAAAGGAUAUUAGAUUCAUCCCCAAGCAGUCUAUACGACAACAAAAAUUAUUGUAUCUAUCUUGCUGAAUUCAGUUAUACGUUUAUAUAAACUGCGUAGUUUUUUUAAAGAACUAAUGUCGCGACAUCGUUAACAAAAUGUCUCAAUAAAGCUACCUAUUUGUCAAUUGAUAUAAAUAAUUCAAGUGUGGCAAAGUGGUUUUGUAUAUUAAAAAAUCCAAAACGUGAUUAUAAGUUUACUGGUUAUCCAGUCUAUCUAUAAAACGUAAACGGAGUUUUGCUUCUUUGUGGAUUGAACAGAAUGUUUUUAAGUUCGUCUUCACAAGUUAAGAACUAAAUUUCUGCAUUUGUGCUAAAAUCCUAUGAUGCUAGCAGAUGGCGAUGAAAAUCAUAAGUUAGUUUAUUAAAAAAGUUUAACUUCAUAAAUCAAAUCAGUAUUUUCUUUUACCUUUCUUGCUCUCCUAAGCUGUAUUUAACCGAACCUGAAAACGGUAUUUUGAAAGUUAAUAGAAUGUUAGUGUAAAUAUUAUCCGGAUUUCUAGUUAGUUCUAACAUAGAAAUUAUCUUAAAGCUUUCAUCGAAACCAAGUACAACAAUAAUUUACCAACAGCAACAAAACAAACCUUAUGACCGCUGGAGGACGGUUCUCUCAUCAGCACACUGUGUGAUUAGCAAGAGUUGGUUCAAGUGAAGGUAGAUAUAGAAGAAUCGAUAUCUUAUUUUUUAUUUAUAGCCCAAUUUAGGAUCAAGUGAAGAUAAAGACUUGCAAUAUAUUCCGUAAUUUGUGAUCAAGAAGCGUAACAAACAUGUUACAUUGAGCUUGUGCUAAGUAUUGAUAGGAAUCAACCGCUGAAAUAAUAUAACGUAGAAAAUGUUUCAAUAGAUAAUUUAUUACGCUGUGUUCUAUUAUUGUGCGUUUUCUAACACUAUUGUUGGAUGUAAACAAAUAUGCGAUAAGAAUUGUGUUGGUAAAUAUAAUUACACAGAUGAUAAGAAUACUAUUGUUAAGUGCAAUAUCUCACUUCAUAGAAUAUUAUUCCCUCACUCCCAGUAAGCUGGAAGUUGGUACAGUCGGUAAACCAGCGAUGUGUAAGAUUAAUAUAUAAUGAAAUACGUGGUGAGUCUAAGUGAGGUAGGGAUGAUUCUUAUUGAAAGUAACCACUUGGUGUCCAGAACUGAGGAUGCUGGCGGGAUAAGUUAAUAUUGACCCCAUGCUUCGUGAUAUGAGAGUUAGAUAAUAUGUUUAAUUAAUUGCAGAAAUCGAACGACCUUCAAUUGUAACUAAAACUAACAUCAGUCUCACGUCAGUCUGUAACAGCCAAGCUUUCAUAACGCUUUUGCUAAUUAUUGAAGUUACAAUUUGAACUGAAGAUUAUGUAAAGUAAGCCACCUAUGCUGCUAAAAUCAGUUUAUAACCCUUUUAUGUUUAACGAUCAAAUAAUCAGAGAUGCAUUUCUUUUGUGUAUGUUUGUGUGCGUGCGUAAACAAAUGUACACAAAUUAUUAUUAUUACGAAAAAAAAUGGAUAGCUUUGAUCGGAAAACUAACUCGGAUAUCAUACUUUGAUAUAUAAUAAUUAGCUUUUAUAACGUCAUAAUCAGUUUACAGAUGACAUAAAGUCCUUCAAAGAGAUCAUAUAGAUAUAUUGUUGGUGACUAGUAUAGAUAUAAAAACAUCACUGCCUACAGCAUAAAGAAAGUUUACAAAUAUUCGUGUGGGUUUAUAUUUUUACUCCUUUUGUUUGGUCAAAAUUUUGUCGGUAGGCUAAACAAUAAACGUUUGCAAAGUAUUAUAAAUAUGCUUUUGAACAAACAACUGCUGCUGUGAUAUGCUUAUAGAUGGAGAAGCAGCAUAUAUAUGAAAAACUACAACAACGGUCAACAUUUUGAUUUUUUUUUAAAAAAGGCAAACUUUGAAAGGUACGGUUAUCCUUGAGGACUUACUUUAAACUAUAUACCUGAGCAUUGUGGAAAUCUUUGUACUUAGCCUAAUAUUAAUGUUUUUUAAGCUUAGAAUUGUGCUAAUUUGUUUAGAAAGCGUUGUGCUGGAAGUGCAAGUAUCGUUAUUGAACGUAGUUUUGAUUCAAUAAUAAAAAUAAUAAUGAUAAUUAUAAUAAUCAAAAUUGCGAUUAAAUGUUGUUUUGUGACGAAAACACUGUUAGCUUGUUAAAUUUAUGUUACGUGAUAUAUUUUACUUAAUAUAUAUAUAUUCGGGAUAUACACUAGAUAGCGCUAGAGUAUGUGCUCCGCAGAUGCUGUAGUUGAUGGUGUUUAAUGUAUAUUUAAAGCUUUUAACAACAAAGCUAUUAUGUAUACAUGUAGUCACGUAUUUGUGUCUUCGUUGUAUUUUAUGUGAAGCAAAACGAGAAUAAAUAAUGAAAUAGAAUAGAUACAAAAUAGUUGGCUAAAAGGUCUACAGUAAAAUAUUUGGAAUCUUAUCCUAAAACUCCACGUGUUUAAAGUAUAACAAUACUUUAUCCAAAGGAUACAGCCAAUAUCGUAUAAUAAUAUUAUAAAUUGUACGUAAAGGACAGUAAUGGCCAUUUUUCUCCCAAGAACAGUGUUAAUAGCUCUACGCUUUUAAGUUAUAGAAAUUACGCGUGUUACUAAUUCAGCAACUUACUUCUAUCAGGGUGUAAAUCAUAUCAUUAUGAAUAGGAAUGCUUCCAAAACAUAUCGAUGUAUAUUCCUCUAAAACUUCUAAAAUUGUUUUACUACAAAACAUAUCAUUAUGAAUAGGAAUGCUUCCAAAACAUAUCGAUGUAUAUUCCUCUAAAACUUCUAAAAUUGUUUUACUAUAAAACAUAUCAUAUGAAUAGGAAUGCUUCCAAAACAUAUCGAUGUAUAUUCCUCUAAAACUUCUAAAAUUGUUUUACUAAAAAACAUAUCAUUAUGAAUAGGAAUGCUUCCAAAACAUAUCGAUGUAUAUUCCUUUAAAACUUCUAAAAUUGUUUUACUAUAAAACAUAUGUUUUUUUUCAUCAACACCUUGUAAAAAAGGUAAAAGCUGAUGAAACUCAGUGGUAUGUUGGCGAGUCAUAGCCAAGAUGCACAAUGCUGCUUAAAGCUUUUUGUGUGUGUGUGUGUGGAAAUUGAGCAUCCUACAAGAAACGUUAUAAAUGAUAUAAAUUUACUUAUAUGCAUCACUUAUAUAUGUUAAACUUUAACUUCGUGAAAUUUUGUGAUAAAUAUAAUAAUCUUGUCCUAACAUAAAUACACGUGGUCAUGUAAAAAUCAAAUAAAAACAUCAUUUUGAAUUUUUUUUUGUUUCAGCCGAAAGUUUUUUUUCCAGUUAUGUUGUUAAUGGUUACAUGAAAUUUCAUCAUAUAUGGAAAAGUGCUUAUCUUAUUUUUAAGAACAGUAUUCCUAACAUGUCGCAAAACAUUUUGUCUUAGCUAAUCACGAAACUUUGUUUUAUAUUUGGUAAUUUUGUUUAGUCGUGCACGUCUUUUUAUAUUGCUACUUCCGAUUGACCCUUAACUUUAACCUUUUAACCCUUAAAUUUUCAAGUUUCAACGGUCACGUCAUUUAAUGUGAAUUAGUUUUUCUUAUUUUCGAAAUCUAACUUAACUAUUUGAACAAGUGCAUACACGCUAUUAAUAUAUAUGUAUAUGAAUCGAAAACAAUCGUAUUAAAUAUCACUCUAAUAAAAUGCCUAUUGCAAAGUAUUUACAAAGUCCAAGUUUACUGAAAUUAAUUAGAACGCUGUGUGUAUUCAUAAACAUUGAUUCUAAGAAGUCAGUGGGAGAGAAAUCACAAUUCAACAAUAACCCAGAGCGUUGAAGAGGUAGACUUUUCUUCUUCGGAUAUGACUUAGGCUUAAGCAAAACUGAAGUAUAGAGUAACCUAAAUGUAUGUAUACAAUUAUUAAAUAACCUGAAGCUAUUUUGUAUUAAUGUGUCUUUCAUUUAAAUAUGCUGGAAAAGAAAUGAAAUUUCGGUUUCCCCCGUUUCCUUUCAUUAGGAUUCAGGCGCAAAGGUACUGAAACAUUGUCUACUUUCCAGCAAAUAUGAAUUAAUGAAUUAAUUCAAAAGAUAUAUCGAAGUUGUGUAAAAUAAACACUGCCUGUGACCACCUUUAGAAAACCAAUUUCAAAAUGUUAUUGUUAAAAUCCAAUUUCACUGAAUUAUUCAUUUGUGACAGGUUUAUGUCAAUUCCAACGAAAAGCAUUUGAUGAAUAAAUAUGUGUUUAUUUGUGAGUGAUAAGAUAUAGGUUACUAUAUAUAUAUAUAAGCGUUUGUAAAA